AUGUCGUCCACUGCCCUGCCCAAGCGCAUGGCGCUGCAGCGCAGCCUGCCCACGGACUCGUCCGCUCCCUCCGUCUCGGCCUCGCCCUUUGACAGCCCGCGCCAGUCGCCCUCGUCCACCUCUCUGUCAUCCAUGGCCUCGGACGCGGAGCGCACCAAGAUGCUCGAUACCUAUGGCAACGAGUUCAAGAUCCCCGACUUCACCAUCAAGCAGAUCCGCGAUGCCAUUCCCGCUCACUGCUUCCACCGCUCCGCCAUCACCAGUCUGUACUAUGUCUUCCGUGACAUGGCCAUCCUGGCUUCCGUCUUCUACCUCUUCCACAACUACGUGACCCCGGAGACGGUUCCCUCCCUGCCGGCCCGCGUCGUCCUCUGGACUCUGUACACCGUCAUCCAGGGUCUCGUCGGUACCGGUGUGUGGGUGUUGGCUCACGAGUGCGGUCACCAGGCCUUCUCCCCUUCCAAGGUCCUGAACGACACCGUCGGCUGGGUCUGCCACUCCCUCCUGUUGGUUCCUUACUUCUCGUGGAAGAUCUCCCACGGCAAGCACCACAAGGCCACCGGUAACCUUGCUCGCGACAUGGUCUUCAUCCCCAAGACCCGUGAGGAGCACGCCUCCCGUGUCGGCAAGGCCCUGCACGAGCUCGGCGAGCUCAUGGAGGAGACCCCCAUCCUGACUGCCUCGAACCUCAUCCUUCAGCAGCUGUUCGGCUGGCCCAUGUACCUCUUGAUCAACGUCACCGGCCACAACAACCACGAGAAGCAGCCCGAGGGCCGCGGCAAGGGCAAGUCCAACGGCUGGUUUGGCGGUGUCAACCACUUCGACCCCUCCAGCCCUCUGUACGAGGCCCGUGACGCCAAGCUGAUUGCCCUGAGUGACCUCGGUCUGCUCCUCACCGGUCUUGGUCUGUACUUCAUCGGCUCCAACUAUGGCUGGCUCAACCUGCUGGUCUGGUACGGCCUUCCCUACCUGUGGGUGAACCACUGGCUCGUUGCCAUCACUUUCCUCCAGCACACCGACCCUACCCUCCCCCACUACCAGCCCGAGGUUUGGACCUUCGUCCGCGGAGCUGCGGCCACCAUCGACCGUGACUUCGGCUUCGUCGGCCGCCACAUCUUCCACGGCAUCAUCGAGACCCACGUUCUGCACCACUAUGUCAGCAACAUCCCCUUCUACAACGCCGAUGAGGCCAGCGAUGCCAUCAAGGGCGUCAUGGGCAACCACUACCGCACCGAGGCCCACACCGGCUGGACUGGUUUCUUCAAGGCCCUGUGGACGAGCGCCCGUACCUGCCAGUGGGUUGAGCCCACCGAGGGCGCGGAGGGCGAGAGCCAGGGUGUUUUGUUCUACCGCAACACCAACGGCCUCGGUGUCCCUCCUGCCAAGAUGGCCAAAUAG